CAAAAGGGUGCUAAUUUGAUCUGGUACCAGAACAAGAGGGACGAAGGGAUCAUGUUUGAUAAGUAUUUCAGUCCAUUUCCCAUUCCUGCACUGGCCUUGUUAUAUACUGCGGUGAAAUGUUGUAUCGACGAAUGGGCUGAUGGCGAGCGGACUGAUAUCAGUUUUUCAGGUGGCGAGUACAAAGAGGUAUAUGAUAAGCAUGUUGCCAAUCUUAAGAAGUUUGAUGCGCGAACAAAAGAACAUGGGAUCCUCAACGCUAUCCUCAAGGAAAUCAACAAUACUGGCAGGUAA